GAACGGUUCGCUUCGGAGUCAACGCAUUACAUCGUUCGUACGGCAAAGGAUGCAAUGUGAGUAAAUGGGAGGCGCGCGCUCACAACGGCGCAUGCGUCCCCUUUAUGUUUGGUGGUGAAAAUUUGCAGUUUUCCACCAGCUUUCGGAAAUUCCUUGACUGUAUCGAUAUUUCGUCGUGAAUAAAUCCGUCAAAGAUACUUGCCAAAGGUAUGAGUUGUCUGGGUGAUUGCUCCGAAUUGGGGCCACCGCCCGAUAUGAUACUGUCGAUGCCUCCGCCACCUUUAUCAUCGUUCCUACUGCCACGGAACGCAAUCGCUCCGCGUCCGGCCAACAGUUCGCUGUCCUGUAUUGCGGCCUUCAUGUGCGAAACAUCCCUCAAACCGAACGGGAUGGAAUCCGGAAUGGAGUUCAUAGAACUAUCGGGCAAUGGAAUGGAUGAUACAUGGGUCUUCGUGCUAGUGUCGUCCUGUGUUGGAGUUUUACUAUUGGGGGCCUUGCUGGCGAUGGUGUUGUUCAAAUGCAGAGACGCAUACAACUAUUCAUAUCAUGAUAGUAAUUUGAAGCAUCCACCACUGUCCUCAUUAAACGAGCCUCAGUUGGGUACUACUAAGUCCGGAUUUAUGCCGGGAACCAUCCUCUAUCCAACAAACCAUCAACUACCGCAAGACAAUCGUACUCUGUGGGCCACCCUGACCCCACACGGAACCACACAGCAUUUCAUAUCCGAUUCAUACUAUAAUCCAGAAGACCACUACGAAGUCAUCGACUACGGUCGCAAACACGAACAGUACAUUCCAUCGAACCAGAAUACAAUCGUAAAGAACAAAAACUCAUUCGAGAAUUCCGGUUUUGUUGAUUAUGAUUACGAAGACCCAACUCCUUUAAUGGAAUCGUAUCAGAAUUUUGACGACAUGGAUUCGGGCUAUCAAGAACCGCAGGAAGUGAUCGGCUCGCUCAAUCGAAAUCGCUCCAUCGUCUCAUCACCUACGAGAAUUGAAAAUCCUAACCUGGCUCCGUUGAAUCUCUAUCCGACGCAUCGCAGCAACGGAACGCUCAAUAAGAAAAAUACAACGCUCAGCCGACGCAUCAGUGAUAUCAAGAACUAAAUGCAGUGAAUUGCUUUACACUAUUUCCUGACAUACAAAGUGAUAUCGAACGGAAAUUCCUACGAAAAAGAUACCUUCAUUUAGAGAAGAUGGUAGGUUUGGUAGAUGUAUUUAGUUUACUCAUAUGAUGAAACUUUUUUUUCGAAACGCGCCAUUUAUUGAAUAAUCAAUCACGUUUAAAAGUAUGUUUAUUUGCCACAGAUUUUCGCAUCGGAAACUAUAGAUUAACUAAUAGUAAUUACAAUAAUUGACUGAAAGCUGGUCACAGUUCAUAUAAGCCAUACAGAUGAAUGUAUUUAAACGUGGGAAUACCGUCGUACUUUGAUAAUAUAAUUACACAAUAAAUGUCUACACCUUGAAGCCAUACUAUAUCAUCGCAAAUCUGCAUUCAGCUUGAUCUCAAUUUGAAAUUGUAAACGGAAACUCAUAACACAGCAUAGUGCAAUAAAC